GAUUUUCUAAAACAAUGGAUGACAAACCUACGACUGAAAAUGAAUAAAGUGGAGAAAAUGUGGUGGGGAGGAGGAGGGGUGGAAGGCUCCCACGCCUUUCCUCGACGGCAAAAUAGUGAUGUGCGUAUUCCGAGGCUUUUAUCAUAAUAUUUCAUAAUAAAUUCUCUCUCUGUGUCUCUCUCUCUCUCUCUCUCUCUCUCUCCUCAGCCCUCGCAGUCUCACUCCCUCCCCAUGUUUUUCCUCCUCCUCUCCUCUCCUCUUUUUGCGCACCAGGCUCUCCCACCCUCGGCUCUUUCUUUCUAUUCGCUCACUGCGCUCUCCACCUCGGUGCGGCUCGUGUCUCUCUGCCUACUGCCCGUGCGUAAGAGCGCACCGAUGGAUAUGUUCAAGUGAUGCACUCCUGAAGAAAAACAUUUCUAAAAAAGACGCAUAGAUGCGCAGCAGAGGAGAGGAAUUAUAGUUAGAUUAAAUCAUUCCAGGGAGAUUGUUUUUAAUUUGAAUUUUUACGCAUGUGUUGUUUUUUUCUUUUUUUCUUUGGAUGAUGAUAUGACAUGUUGACUAAAAAGAUGUUGAUGGACGCGGAUGACGGUGCGUCGCUAUUAUUUGGAUGUGGUGUGUUCAGGGACUUUUCAGCAGCGUGCCAUGACCGCGCGCCCUUCUUCUUCUUCUUCUUCUCUCCGAGUCUCGUCGUUUGCGCGUGAAGUUGAACGGAGGAGAAGGGCACCACGAUGAGAGGGAAAUACUUUCUCCUCGGCUUCCUGUUGCUCAAACUUAUGAUGGCUCUGGUGUGCAAGGCUGACGGAGAACCGGGACUGCUCGGCGGGUUCGUGAUGAUCGCCACCUCCAACACCUCCAGCAGGGAGGAGCAGGAGAGCGCCGCGUCCGAGGAGACGCCGCCGCACACCGAGGACCGCUGCCGGGGCUACUACGACGUGAUGGGCCAGUGGGACCCGCCGUUCGUCUGCAAGACCGGCAACUACCUGUUCUGCUGCGGCACCUGUGGCUUCCGCUUCUGCUGCUCCUACAAACACUCGCGGCUGGACCAGAGCACCUGCAAGAACUACGACACGCCGGUGUGGAUGAAGACCGGCCAGACGCCCUACAAGAAGAUGAACAAGAUGAUCGACACCACCAAAGACAAGACCAACUUGAUUGUUUACAUCAUAUGUGGAGUAGUGGCCAUCAUGGCUCUAGUGGGGAUUUUCACCAAAUUGGGACUGGAAAAGGCGCACCGGCCUCAGAGAGAGAACAUGUCCAGGGCCGUUGCCAGCGUGCUGCAGGGCGGGUGUCCAGGUGAGCAGUACCGUGGGGAGGAGGCCCUCGGGAUGCACUCACAGCACUUUGUUUCCAGGGCAACAAACCUCCAGGGUGGUCAGAUCAACAACAACGUGGGACAGGGCUCGAACAUGGGCCAGCAGCACCCUUACCCUGCCCUCAACCAGCUGGCCCACGUCUACGAACAGCAGCAGCAUCAACAACAGCAGCAGCAGCAUCAGCAGCAGCAGCAACAAAACAAGGAUCUCAACAAGUACGCCUCCCUGAAGGCUGUGGCUGCCAAGUACAACGGUGAAGUCUACAACAAGCGCCGGCUGAUGGUGGAGCUGCCAACGAAGGGCGGGCUUCCUCUCCAGCCAAUGGGCAACUCCAGAUCCUCCAUGGGCAACAUGUCGUCGAUGACUCCUCCGAUGACUUCCAACCCCAUGGCUUCGAACCAAAUGGCCUCCAAUCCCAUGAACCCCAGCAUCACCCAGAUGACCUCCAUGGCCCCAAUGACAUCUAUGAUGCCCAUGACCUCCAUGACACCCAUGACUUCCCUCACCCAGAUGACCUCCAUGAACCAUAUGACCUCCAUGACCCCUAUGACCUCCAUGGCCCCUAUGACUUCCAUGACCCCUAUGACCUCCCUUGGUCCACUGACUCCUGAGCCAGUGGCCACCUAUGUCACAGAGAUGCCCAGCAUCUCUUCCAUUUCAACCCUCCCGACGGAACGGCACAUAGCCGGCGUUGGAGGACUAGGGGGACUCAAGCUGAAUGGCCAGAAACCCAAAGGCAGCCAUGGCCACGUGGGCCACAGCUCUCACAGCUCUCACACUCACAGUCAUGGUCACAGCCACAGUAGCAAGCCGCCAGGACUCGGGGCUACCUCCCUGGCACACAUGGCGGGGACCAUGCCAGGUGGCAUGUCCCUGGGUAUCUCCAGGGCCGCCGAGACCGCCAUUGGCCACGGCUCAGCUACAAUGGGCCGCCCAAUGGCAUACAGCUCCAACACAAUCGCGGCUGGGCAUACGAUGGGGCUGGGGCUGAAGGCCUGGGAUGGGACUGAGACGGUGGGCCGGAGGAAGACCUACGGCCACAAGAGGCCUCAGUGCACCGUGCUCGAGCCCAACCAGCUACACAGCACCAGAGGCCAAAGCCACAGCCAACACUUCCUCCCCACACAGCCCUACUUUGUGACCAACAGCAAGACAGAGGUGACUGUGUGAGAGAGGAAGAAAAGGAGAAAAACGAGGGGGAAAAGGAUGCAUGUGGAGUGGCGGCACAAGUAAUCUCUUGAGUGGAGACGCCAACCCCAGUGUUGGUCAAAGGCGCAGAUCUAUGUGUGUGUUUGUGUGGCUCGUCGGUAUACUGGUGAAUGUGGUGGGACAGUAACACUGUGUCCGAGUGGUCCUCGUUUCACAAACCGAGUUCACCAAUCAAAUCACUGAACGGACCUUUGUUGUCAAACACAUGGCGUCCAAGUUGGUGGCAUCUGUAACCAUAACUUCAACGAGCCUGGGAUGUGUGUACACUUAUGGUGAUAUUAGAGUGUUGUCUCACAGCUAAUAUCUUCUCGGUAAUGAUACCAAUAUCUGAGCAUUACCAGUGCAACACACGGAUGAUAAAGUGGGAUACUGCUGAUAAUAAAAUGGAUUGGCUUUACGAACCAAACCUGAGAAGCAAUAUAAGGGAUUAAGUGUAAUGCACCAGAGCAUCGUGGGAAAGAAGGAAACACAGCAAGUUUACCCACAAAACUCGCAACAACUGUUCUGCUCAUCUGCCCAAUAAAGCGUUGAAUGGUUUGGAAGAACAUUCCCUUAUGAUCCCGACUUCCCCAAAUCUCCUGAGGGCUUUGAAACAGACACACAUGAUGAGGGCGCUGGGCUUUGGACUGCCGACAUGCAGGGCUUUGUACUGUGGCUAUUCAGAAGCGCCUUCAUGAGAUCUGCAGCUGAAGGUCGCCCCUUUUUUUUCCACAAGGCUCCAGCAUAGAGAAUGGAGGCUGUCGUAUACUGGCAUUGUUCUGUUCUGAUCUCGUCUGCGUGGCGACAGCUGGCCCAGAGGAGGGAUAAGGAGGCGGGGAGGCAGCAUCUGGAUGAUGCUGCGGCUAGCAGAGGCUCCAUGGAGCGCGAUUCUCGUACACUCACACAAACACAUUCAUGCACACGCAGACACAUAUUUCCACACAAACAAACAGAAACAUAUACUGUAGAAAUACCGCACACCAGGGUUUGACCAAAAUGGCUUUUAAAGAAUGACACCAAUAAUUUUACAAUUAAGUCACAGAUGGCUGAUAUUUAGUUUAAUUUACAUAUUUGUUAUCUUUAAAUUUGACAGUUUGCAAUUAAAAAACUCGGUUCAGUGCUUCCCCAAGAUUAUGUUCUUAUCGGUGAAUUUAGACGGUCACAGUACUCUUGAAUUAAACUUGAGAAAAAUGUAACUUUCAGAAAUGGCAGCUAAGUCAGAAUGACCCAUCUUAUCUAUUCAAGGACAGGGUACAGUUUUAGAUACAUAAAUACUUUUGAAUGAAAAUGAUUAAAGUUGCACAAUUAAAAGGGAUAGUUUUGGGAAAUACCACUUAUGUCUGCAUGUUAAAUAUGAAGCUAGAGCCAGCAGUAAGUUAGCUGAGCUCUAGCUUAGCUCAAAGACUGGAAACAGGGUGAAACAGCUAGCCUGGUUCUGUCCAAUAGUACAAUAACAAAAUCUGCGUAUACACGCAUCGCAAAAGCUCACUAAUUUAUACGUUAUAUCAAGUUUUUUAUCCAAACAAAAAUCAAACUGUAAAAAAGAUACUUUGUGGUUUUUGUGCCAGACUAUUUCUCUACAGGACACAGUAACUUCAUCAUAUUGUCACUGUAAGGCCGUCAGGCAACAAAGUGUUUAACUAUUUCUUUAAAAGAAUAAAUAAAUUGUGCAAAAAAAACAAAGUAGUUUUAAUGUAGCUGUGGUCAGGAAUUGCCUAGAUCAUUCUGGAAGUGGACAAAAUGACCUAUUGACCAUUUUACAACCGACGUCAUGAUUAAGUCACAGUGUUAGCUGGAGGCAAAACAGAGGUAACGAUGCAUCACCUCAGAGUAGUGGGCUACAGUUACACAUUGAAAAUGUCAUCUGGCUGGGUUGUUGGGUGCCAGAAUCAAUAUCGCAUACAUUUCAGAUGACAAACUGUGAUUGGAGGCUCUAGCAAGCUGCAAUAUUGGCGAAGCCUUUCAGAGAUAUAGAUAAAACAUUGCUGAUAGUUUAGCUCAGCCUUCUGCUAACCGUAAUUAGCCAUCAUGGCGGCUGCACCGCAGCGGUGAGCUCACGUAGGAGGCCAAACUAUUAAAGAGAUGGACAGAAAAGGUUGCUAAUAGACUAAACUAUUGGACAGAUGGAGAGAAAAUGUUGCUAAUAGUUUAGCCUUCUGCUAACCACUGCCAUGAGCCUUUGGCUGCCGUUAGCAUUAGCUAAACUAUUAGCUAUAUUUUCUCCCCAACUCUGAAACGCUUCGCAGCCAUUGUAAAACUCUCUUUUUGAUUAGUCCGCCAUACUAAAAGUUGCGGUCCCUGAGAGUGAGUGACACACAUCUCUAUAGCCAUAUGUUAAAAAACAAGCCAACUAAACUUGCUAGCCAGCUUUAGCUAACGGGUUGUGAAAAUCAUUCUGCCUCCAGCUACGCUCCGCCACAGAAAUAGGUCAUCACGUUUAACAAACAGAAAAAGGGUCUAUUAAAUGAAAAAUAUGUUAUAUGUAGGCUACAUGUAGGCUACGUAUUAGUUUAAGGCAAACACAGACAGCACACAUACAAUAUGGGUCUAUUGAGCAAUUAUAUGCCUAACAACAUAUUUCAGUAGGUGGACCGAAUGUAAGCUUUAUUGGCUUUUCAACAUUUUAUUUCUGCACAGAUGUUGCAUAGGAUGUUAUACUUCUCUCUAGUUUUCGACAAAAGCGAGAAACUACUGUGAAAAGUGGGUGUAACAGGAGUAAAAAUACCACACUUUUUUAAGCUGGUAUUAGAAGACACUGCCACAAGAAGACUUGAUUAGAUCACUCACUGUACUUGAGCUCUAGCUGGAAAAAAAAACACAUCACAAACUGCUGAAAAAAAAAAUCUAUCUGGGUUACAUGACUCAAACAUAAAAAUAAAUCCUUAAGUCUGACAAAUAGGCCAAAUCUUCUACGGGCUUCUCGGAGCCUGUUUUUUUGCUUGUUUUGUAAUGAUGUGAGAUUUAUUAGCAGCUGCAGCCACGGUUAUCAUUUCGACCUUGUUAUCUAAAGUGCUGCUUCCACCUCUAAGACCCCUCUUUACACUUGCGAUUAAGAUGCAUUUUGAAGCGAUCGGGUCGUAAUCAAGACAUUAAAAUAGAAAAAGGAGACACGGUGAGGAUGGAUUAUGAUUGGAUUGCUUAAACCAUCUCUGUAGAGAGUAGAUCCAACCAAAGCACAAGCAAAAGGGUGUAAAUUGACAAUUUUAAAACAUGUAGAUGUAAGAGAGGUGCACAUGACAAUCUGUUGAUGAAUUAAGACACUGGAUUUCAGUGUGACACAUUUCAUCGGAAGCUCCAGCAGAGCCAGAGAGUCACUUUGAGUACACUGUGUAUCCAGACAUGUAGAUCUGAGGUACAAACGGGGUCUAAUACUACAGCUUCUGAAUGAAAAGAUGAAAACAGACGAGCCAGUUGGUGCGUAAGGUAAAGGGGGUCUACAGGAAGGGGAUGUUUUUUUUGCCUCAUGCUGUGGAACCCCCCGCUGCCUCGAGUGGUCACAUGACUUGGAAACCUGAGACCAAAUUGAAAGCAUGGAACAGGAUUUCAAGAAGUCAUCAGAGCAUUAAAAACACACCCACACCUUACACGUGCACACAAACACAUUACAGGGUGGACUCUGCUUUCCCUCCGCUCCCACAGUGCCGAGCGGCAGGCGUCAUCGCAGCAGGGAGACAAAAAAAGAAUCAGCACUGUUACCGCGCCUGUUGUAUAUGAAAGACUGUGAAACUCCAGACCAUGGCCCCUUUGUAGCGAUAACUUAUUAUGCUUUUUAUAUAUAUAGAUAUACAUAGCCUCGCUCUCUUAAUCUCUUUCUUUUCUUCACUUCUUUUCACCCCCUUUUUUUCCUCCUUCUUUUGCUCCCUCCAUGUCUGAAUGGAGAAAUAUCCGCGAGAAACAAACACGGGGCUGUGAUGAAUCUUUUCUGUGAUAGUGGAGUACAGUCAUGAUGAGACAGUGAAUAAUAAUAAUUUGCCCCCCACCUUGAAAAGGCAUGAUUGGUUUUCCCCCCAGUGUGCAUUGUGUUCCAGCAGGAAAUAUAAGUGAUUGAUUCUGUGUGCCAAAAAAUGUAAUUCAUUUUGCAAUUUUGUACCACUGUGUGUCCUCUUGAACACUGCGCACAUUUCACUCUUUAUAACUACUUUUUCUACGUGUGUGUGUGUGUGUGUGUGAAUCCAACUUUGGCAUAUUGUCUCUGAAGAAGUCAAAACUCAAACAAACAAGACAAACAAAAAUGCAUCGCAUAUAAAUGGAGAUCACAAUCCCCAUAAACCUGUUUGCUUCCCUUGAGAAUCCUUUUGCAAAUUUUGUUUUGUUUUUUUCCUCCACCUUGUAUUCAUGUCCUCCUCUUCUUGCCAGCUGGUGGUUUUGUUUGCGACAGAGUUGAGAAGCAGGUCAAUGUCUGCUCAGGAUGUGCAUUAUCGGACCCAAUUGACUUAAUCCAGCAAGGCGGAAAUGUGGAAAUAUGAACCCUCCUUGCCAUCACGUACUGUUCCGUCCUUAAAGCCCAUUCAGCUCUGCAAAAGCAGCCACUGGAACAAUUGGUAAGCGGGUGGGGGCAGUUGGUAAACAAAACAAACCAAAAAAAAAAUUCAUCCCUCACGGUAACAGCCAAAAUAAACCCGAUAGAAAGCGGGGAAUUGGUUGCGCUGGCUGGGCCGCGGUUGAUAGGGUCAGGGCCACAGAUGAGUGGGUUCAGGAGGCAGUCAUGUCUGACAUUUUUCAUCAGACGAGUCAGUCGGACAAAAAAUGCCACAGCAGAGACUAAAGGACACAGGUAGUCUACAGGCUCAAUGCAGCCGGCUCUAACAGAGCCAGUAGGAGCUCUGGAACAGCCAAUGUUCGUCAUUUAUUGUGACAUUCUCGGUUUUCUACGUUUUGACAACAUCAUUUGGUGAUAAAAUGUUGUGCUAAUUAUCGGUACUGGCUCAACAUACUGUGAUAAGUUUAUUCAGUGGCUAAUAAACAACUGUAAAUACAACAAGGUCCAAAGAAGAUGAGGUAGUUUUGCAGUAUUCCUUCUCAUUUUGGAGUGCUUAUGUAAUUUGAAGGACAAUUUUAUAGAGAUGGUUUCUUUAUUGUUUCUGAGACAGAUAUCCUUAUUUCCAGCAGGAGAGCAGCAUAACCUAUCAUGAAUAGAUAGGGUAUAUGAAUGACUUCUAUAUGGUAUCAUAUACGAAAUACAUCUAUGAUUAACUGAUUUUACAAUGGCCCGGUCACACCACCAUUUUAAACUGCAAAAUCAGUUCAUUUCAAUGGCAAUGCUGUGAUUGGUGGAUUCGCUCAUGGAGACAAAGUAAAUCCAUCAAUGUAAAGGCUCAUACACCGGUCGUAGGUAUACCUACGAAAAGUAAUGCACUUUAAUUCAUAUAAAUAAUCCCACGAAAUUCGUACGUAAUCCAUGUAAUCGUGAAUCGGGAAGUAUGAAGAGCAAAAAAAACGCGUCGUAGGGAGUAAGUUAGGGUAGGUCGGUGGGUGAAAAAAAAACGGACUUUCGCCCAGAGGACAUUGAUUUAUUUGUCAUGUAACUUGUGCUAUGCCACUUCCGUAACCCUAACGUUGAUUUGUCAAGUAACUUCUGCACUUAAAUUACGUCAGUUCUGUAUUGAUUUUAACCCAAACGUUGACUUAUUUGUCAUGUAACGUCCGCACUUAAGUUACACUACCUCCGUAGUGGUAUUAACCAAAAUGUUGACUUAUUUGUCACGUAACUUCCGCACUUAAGUAACGCCACUUCCGUAGUUAUUUAAUCCAAACCAUGACCUUUAUCUAAACCUAAGUAGUUUUGUUGCCUAAACCUAACCAAUUCAAUUUAUUUCAAGUGUAGUUGUUUUAACCCAACCACAAUCUUUUCCUAAACCUAACUAAGCUGUUUCCUGUGAAGAUGGAAGUUUAUUUUAAAAAGACUGCAUGCAUGUAACGAGCGGAAAUUGACACGUGUUGCUGGGCAUUCGUCGCAUGUGCUGGACAUAAGUAGGAACUCACAAAAAAUGAGGAAUAACGUUUGCGUAAGAUAUCAUACAAACUGUUGUAUGAGGAUACGUUGAUCCAUGCAAAUGUAUCGUGUUGAGUUUGGUGAAUUUUGAAAUGUGAAUUUUCGCUGUCGACCAAUAGCAAGCCCUCAAAGCCGGAGAGUCCGAAAAGGACAAAGCGCCGUUUGCGCCAUUCACUUUUAUUUAACCUUAAGUAUAAACCGUUCAACAAAAGAGGCCUGGUUUUCAGACAGCUUGGGGCUGCUGGUACAAAUAAGUCUUUAAGUAGCUUGGAGAGCCACUACGCUACUACAGGUCUAGAACCCCAUAUUUCGCGAAGAUACGUGGAUGACUUUCACAGUUGGUGUGACCAGGCCUUUAGUGAAACUAGUCAAUCAGAAAGUCCCUCACCCAGCUGGCCACUCUGUAGUAACUGACACCCUGCAGUAUAGUGUCAGUGAUCCCUUUCACCUCUGAGUGUCUUACUACCUACCGUGACACUGCCAAAUGAGUUCCAGAAUUAGGGAUGACCACUCAGUGUGAACUCAUUGCUCCAAAUCAUUCAGGUCCUGAUUGCCCCUGAAGGUGCACUGCCUGCCACAGCUCAACGCUUUUUUUCUCUGUAUUAUUCUUUUUUCUUGCUGCCUGAAUGGAAGUAAAAUGGAGGUGCAAUUGGCCUAAUUAUAGGAAUCAAGACCCAAGUUAGAGGGUGCCGCGGUUCACCGGCACAUUGAUCACCAACAGAGGCAGGAGCAGGAAUCAGGCCAGUCGAGCAUGCAUGAUAACUUCAUACCUGAAGUUAUGUAGUGUUAAUGCUGGAUCUGCUUUGGCCUUGUGACCUGGAGUUAAUAACUAUUAUUAUAUUCUGUGUUUUUUUUUUUAAGAAUGCAAUAUUUGACUCAAUUUACACCCAUCUUAUCAAUAUUAAUCAAAGUGAGACCUAUCUAUCUAGUCACUUUAUUUAAUUAAAGUAAGUAAAGUAAGAAAAGUAAAAAAGAUUCUGUCAAGGACAUUCCAAACUAAGUGACAAAUUGAAACAAAAAAACUGCAGUGAGCGCUGCGUUCAGCCUUGUAUGUUUUGUCCCACUUUGCUAUGAAGCAUUGCACACCAGCUACCUUGGUAACACAAGCUACCUAGCUUGAGCUACGUGCAGUUUGUUUAUGUCACACUACAGGAUUGUUUUUACUAUAUAUUUUUCUGCAUGAUCUACCUUUUCUUUUAUCAUGGUCCAGACUGCUACACUGUGUCCCUUGCUACUGCUGACCCCUCCCCACUGCCAUAUGUGCCCUCCAAUUAGGGCCGUGUAUUGGCAAGAAACUGGCAAUACGAUACGUAUCACGAUACGGGGGUUGCGAUUCAAUAUAUUGCGAUGUAUUGCGAUACUGUAAGCAUGGCGAUAUAUUGCGAUUUUUUAAAAUCUAUUUUUAGGAAAACUGUCAUAGUAUAAAAAACACACCACCGUAUGCAUAUAAUCUCAGUAAAAAAAAAACUUUUUUAUGCAAUCAGAACAUCUGCAUUUGCAUUCAUCACAGUCCCUGUUACAUGCAACAUCAUAGCAUUUCUUUGAGAGGACGCAUAUCUUUGCAAAUGAAAUAAAGUAAGUUAAUCUUUGCAUGUAAACUAUUAAAAAUCGAUUGGCUUUUUGAGAAUCGAUACAGUAUCACAAUACUAAUAUUGCAAUACUCAAUAUUUUCUUUCACCCCUACCUCCAACACACUACUUUUCACCAAUUGUGAAGAGCUUUACCGAAACUACUUACCAAGAUCCCAUCCCCCCUUUGCAUAGGUGCACCAACCAACCAAUAAGCGCAACGACAAUGAUCCCCGACUGGCUUCCCACCUGCAAAACACUGCCAAUCGUGCUCUGCCCGGGGUCGAACACAGGUCCUCAGCAACAGAACUUUUCAGCCUUGCAUCGCCUGAGCCACCUGCCUCUCAUAGCCAUGUAGCCACCACUGUGCUCAUUUUUUAUGUGCUCUUCUCUUAGGGCGUAUUCACACCUGCCUUGUUUAGUUCCGUUGAAUCGAACCCUGGAGCGUUUACCCUCUUGGUGCGGUUCGUUUGGGCAGGUGUGAACACAGCAAUCACACUCGGGUGCGUACCAAAAAAAAGCGAACCGAGACCUCCUCGAAGGGGUGGUCUCGGUUCGCUUCCAAACGAACUGCGGUACGCUUCGGUACGCUUCGUUUGUGGUGAGAACAUGAUCCGACCUCGAUCCGGCCCAACUGGAGAAAGCAUUUCGCCUUUUCGGAUUAAACCAGCUCCGGUAACAAGCUGCGCUGUGCAUGUCAACACCAGACACCAGAAAAAAUUACUAUAAAAGAGCCUGCGCUUGCCCUCGCUAUUCACAUUAGUACUAAACAGGUGUAACGUCAGGCUGUGUUGAAGACCACGGGCAUACCUGAUGGAUCUUCGGAAAUAUUUUCGGCCGAUUGGCAUGUCCCAGUUUAGGAUGGUUAAUGCACGACUCCUCCUCCGGCGACUCCAGUGCAUCAAUACAUUGUUUUCCAGUCGCGCCUCAUUUUCAAACUGUAUCGAUUGCCUUGAGUGGAAAAUUGCUACGAGGUAAAAGAAAAAAAAAGAUGACCGGGGCCAAGAUCAAGCCGUGUAGUUGUCCCUCCAUUGUUGCGUUCUGGAAGUCUGCUCUUCUUUGUUUACUUCCAGGAGUUUGCCAGCGUGGAAAUUCUGAUCAAUUAGAGAGCAGCUUCUUUGCGCACCAACAUUUUGGUCCGCUUGUAAACGCUGCCAUGUGAACACAAACCAGACUCGAGGCAAUAUGCAACAUGAUAACAAUUUGGUCCCUGAUUCGGACCAGAGCGAACGAACUACAGGUGUGAAAACGCCCUUACUGCAGUGUUUUGAGUCUGUCUGGAUUCACGUCAAAAAGCAAAGAGCAACAGUGGCAGAUGAGCGAGAGAGAUUUUAAUGAAAUGUCUUGAAACAAGACAGAGAAAAAAAGCUGCUGAACUCACCUACCUACCUACAAAAUACACAUUAACAAGUACCAGCAAUGGCAGAACUAGAGAAUUACAAAAGCUUAUACUUCCACUAGCCCACACAAGCCUCACUGAGAGGCAGAAAGUGGCAGGUGAGUGUGAAUGGAAUAUAUAAAAAUUGGGAUUGUGGUCCUCUCUAGCUUUAGCAGAGAGAGAAAGGGAGGCUUAUUAAUACAAAAUAAAGCAACCCCCAUUAGACAAGUUGUGCUGAAAUCAAGCCUCUCUUGUUCAGCAGAGCAGACAGGCAGCAGUCGGGAGAAAACCACACAGCGGUAUAUCUACAAGGAAUAUUCAAUAAGAGGCAGAAAAAAAAGGAGCUGUACUGGGACCAGUGGCCUGAGGGGGCUUUACGAGUUCUCACUGUGGUCUUUAAUCACCGAAACCCGGAGUGGGGAAGAGCUUUGGUGCUGCGACGGGGACUCGAGUCCACAGUGGCACACAAAGACAGAAAAGGGACUUAAUGUCAACACUUGAUUGGGAGGAAGCUUUGAAUUAUUGAUGUUGCAAAAAACGUUGGCGGUGGCGCGGCACGUGAGGGCUAACAGCUCCAUUUGUGAAUCAGAGAUGACUGUUGGCUCACACACACACAUUUUAUGUUGUAUUGUUUUGAUCAUUAAUGCAGAGUAUAUUCACAAUCAAUCACUGAUUCCUCCAGACAAAUUGGCCAUUACUAACGAACAUGCACUGGAACAUAUUUGUCAGCUCCUGUCGGGCUGAGUAUUUGCUUACACUGUGUAUCCCGUUUAAGCUGAAGACGUGAAGCAUGGCUUGUUCUUGAUGUCAGACUGAAUCAGGACAAUGCAGUUGUCUGUAAAUAUUCAUUUCUUGGUGGGGAGGUAUAGUGAAGAAAGUCUCUGUUUUUUCCACCCUUAAAUCACAGCAGAUAAAAUGCAGAAUACUCUCUUCAUUAAAGAAAAGAAAGAGCAGCGUUCUCAAGAUCAGAAAGUGGGAUAUGUACAGUACAUCUGGGAUGACACUAAAGGGCUCAAACACCAGGUUUUCCUCCACUCUUUUCUUUUCUAUCCUUUACCGUCGCUGUUUGCUGGACUCCGUAGCGUUGUAAACCAUUUACAGCCUACAAGGAGCGGCAUCUGUAUGAUCAAAAAAAAUAUAUAUCGGUAUAUUAUCAAAGGGGUUUUUCUCGUCAGCUAUGUUUACGACUUUGUAUAGCAUCAGUCUUUAUGCGCAAUGUUUUCACCAAUCUGGAGCUUUCUGCACACGGGAGACAGAGGAGAUGCAGUGUUUGUUGUCCAGUAAUGCUCCACAUCUGUUUUAAAAAGGUUUUUUUGCUCCUAUGGUGUGCUUUAUAUGUAUGAUUUUUUUUUUUUUUUUUUUAAUUAUCAUAAACCUAUAUUAAAUAUACUUGCUGUUAGAAUAAACGGAAGGUUGUCAAUCACGGCGGAUGUGAGAAAAAAAAAAAAUCCUCGGGUUAUUGACCUCUGCUAGGGAUUUUCCAUUACCUUUUGAAGAAUCAAUAAGCUAUUUGCGAUAUGACUACUAUCCAUUAGCGAGCAUAUCCUUUUAUAGAACCACUCAUUGAUUAACUCAUUUUCGGUGUUAAUCAUGCAUUACAUACAAAGUUAUACGAGAAUCCAAUUUUCUAUUUUUGAUGUCCGGACCAGUUUGUGGUAUUUAUGCAUAUGUGUAUAUGGAUACAUAAUAUGGCCCCCCGACACUGCAUUUAUGAGUGACUAGUAAAGCAUAUUUUCUAUGGUAGAGCCCAUCUCCCACUAUUGUUUGCACAGUAGCUUAUAUUAUGCACCGUGAUGCCCCAUUGUCCUUUUACUGUUUACUGACUUUAUAAUUUGUGACAUUAAGUUAUGAAAAAGCUGUAUUUUGGUACUAUUCAGAUAUUGUUAGAAAAAGAGAUAUAGCAGACGUUUUGUCCCAGAAAUAUAUUACCAUAGUGUUUCUAUGAAUUUGUCUGUUUUCCUUAUUUUGGGGAGGGGUGACAGGGAUAUUUUUCUGUUCUUCUUUUGUUGAUGAUUUGCCAUCUGACAGUAUAUCACCAUUGUUCUAUAUACGACUUUCUUACGUGGCAAUAAAAGAUGACUUAUGUAAAAAAAAAAAAAAAAA